AGCAAAGGGCUCCCGUAGGUUCACCCCUGCAGUUAACCCGAAGUGGGUGUAGGAUAUACCCUAAUAUAUCCUAGCACUGGGUUGGUGUAUCGUGAACUAUGUUCAUCUUUUUUAGCCCUCAUAAAUUUAAGUUUUCUAUGUCAUUCGUUGAAUAAUGUCCAAAAUGAGAGCCCAAGACAAGGACAAUAAAACUCUCCCUGAUAAACUUAAACAAUUUUUUCGCUUGAAUAAAGGAAAUUUCAAAAGUAGAGAAGAUAUUACACUCACUCAUGCUGUCGAAAAAGAAAUUAGCUCCAAUAGUCCAAUUCAUAAUCGUACAAAGGCUAUUAAAGACUUAAGUGAAGCAGUACUAAAUAAUCAAUGGGAAGAUUGUGCAGCAGAAAAAUUGUGGUUUCUUGUUCAAGAUUUACUUGGGCAGGAUAUUCCUAAGGAGCAUAGACAUAUUACUUUAAAUUUUUUAAAAUGUCUGAUUCAAGGACAAUAUUCAAGACUUUCACCUCUUAUGAGAGUAAAAUUUUUUAAGGUAAUUAAGGAGCAUGAAAUUUCAGAAGAUUUAGGAUUAAGAUUAGAGUUAUUGCAGAGCUUAACAGACAAUGGGAAAGAUAUUGUGCACUUAGAAGAAAAAAUGGCUCCUUUCCUUUUAGAGUGGAUGCCCAUAAUAACAGGAGCAGAUGGUAAAAGAGGUGCAGAGUUUUUGUCACUGCUAGUCAAUAUCAUCAAGUUCAAUUCCGCUUGCAUAGAUGAAGAUAUGAUAUCAGGAUUUGUUCAGUACAUUUGCCAUUUGUGUUACUACAGCAAUAACACAGAAGUUGUAUCCGCAAGCUUGGAAGCCCUUGAUGCUAUUGUGUGUUACAGCAAAUUACAGCCUGACUCUCUGCAAACGUUUAUUAUUGCUUUAUGUCGUAGUGUUAAUGUUGAAUGUUAUUGUCAAAUUAGUUGGAAAAUAAUGCGUAAUUUGUUAGGAACACACAUGGGUCAUUCGGCACUGUACAAAAUGUGCUAUUUACUUCAAGAGCCCAAUUUCCAAAAAGAUGUGAGGCUUCUACGAGGGGCUGUUUUUUAUAUAAAUAUGGGCCUAUGGGGUGCUCAUAGAAUCCCUAAAUUAAAAUGUACACCGUCAUCUGUUUUACCAUCGUUUUAUCAAGCUUUACUCUGUAAUCAUCCUAUAGUUAUGUAUGAAGUAACGUUAUCUAUUCAGAGACUGGUCAACAAAUAUGGUAACGAACUUGAACAGCCAACCUGGAGCAUUAUUUUGAAUAUUAUUGAACAAGUUAUUGCACAUACAGAAAGUAGUAACCAGCCAGCAACCAAGCAAGUUUCGACAAGUUUGCACGAAACAAUUAACAGCAUUGAAAAUUUGCUUGAUUGUAAUCAUUACAAUGGGAAUGUUCAAAGAUUUUAUGAACUUGUUGAACGUUGUUCUGAUGCUAGAUCAGAAUGUUCAGUUCUCAAGCUUAUUGACUAUAGAGCUUCAAUGAUUGGACCAACUUAUCAUUUGUGGCAAUCAAAAUUGAGUUCGUUACUUGAGCGUUAUUACAAAAUUGAAACGAGAACUAAUAUUAGACUAAAAGUUCUUGAUGUUCUGGCCAACGUUAUCCAAAUAAACAGAUCUAGAUAUGAAGACGAAAUGAUAGAACGCAUUGUAAUACCCCACUUGCAACAUGUUGAAAUAGACCCUGAUGUUUUUAUUCGUCAUUUUGCUGCUCGCCUAUUAGUUGACUUAUGUCUCGAAUGUGAAUCAAAAAGAUGCCUAGAAUUGCUUGAUAUAUUAGAAAGAAUAAUAAAUAAGCCAUUCAGCUUAGAGACCCCCAUACAAAUUGACACAGACAUCAAAGAUGUUAAAACGGGCAUUACUGGAGUAAUCAAAAUUCUCACUCAGAAAGUAUACAGUUUACCGUCGAGUCACGCUAUCCGCGCAUACCAAGUACUUGUAAAUCAUUUAGAAUUACAUUAUCAAGAUCUUAAGGAAAUUUUUCGAGAAGUGUCUACAAUUCGAUACUUGAUUUUCGAAUGCUUUUUGAAAGCGAGAGCAAAUGCACUUGGUCAUCUUGGUUUUCAAAAUUCAAUAACGGGAACAGUGGGUCGCUAUAGCCCUUAUUUAGUCAUAGAAAAUGCUGCUCUUACAACAAGUAACACUGGAGCUAGUCCACCUCCAGCAAGUCCUGUUCCCAUGCAAAGUGGAUCUUCUCAAAUUACAACGAUAUCGCUGGCCUACGCUUGCAAGGCUGUGACUACGGCAAUCAAGCAGGAGAAAGAUUGGAAAGUUUUGCAAUUAAUACUAAAGGAGCUACCUCAAUUAUUACAAAAUCGAUCAUUAAUUUUGUCUCGUCACAGUAACGAUAUCGGCUCUCUAGCAUGCGCACUAUGCUCCAUGAUCGACGAUAAGACUUUCAGACCAGCAGACUCUCUGCAAAAUGUAUUAUACAAUGUCCCUCCAAAAUUUACUUUCUCCGAGUUUCGCGUACAAUUUUUUCCUGUCCUAGCGUCUUGUACAUCUUACCACGCACAUUUUGAUUUAAAUACUCAGCAGCGUUUAAUAAAAUGCUUUGAAGAUGGAUUACGUACAACAUGCGCAAGCCAAUGUGUUACAAGCCUGAUGACUUGCGCUCUUGAAAUGAGGGAUGCAAUGAGCAAACUUGUUUCGAAUGUUUUGUUGAGCUUGUCUAAAAUAUCUGAUACUGUUCACAUUGCUAUUCCAAUUUUAGAAUUUCUCUCGACACUAACGCGACUUCCAAAGGUCUAUGCAAAUUUUACUGACGACCAAUAUAUGUCGAUAUUUGCCAUAAUGCUGCCUUACAUAAAACCAACAAAAUACAAUCAUUACACUGUAUCGCUGGCUCAUCAUGUUAUAGCUGUAUGGUUUUUGAAAUGUCGUCUUCCUUUCAGACGUAAUUUCGCUGAAUACAUUACCAAGGGUCUGAAACAAAACGCUCAAAUGCUUUUGCAAGAAGGAAACAUAUCAAAGCCAGAUGUCAGCCUUAGCAACGAAGAUUCAUCCAAUAGAAAACGUAGCUCUAGUUUGACUGAACAAGGAAGCAGAGCAAGAAAGUUUAUCAGAGAAAAUAGAGCUUUGGAUUUGAAGCCACCGAUAGACAAAACACUCAUGAACUUCCAUGUUGAGCUUACGGAAACUUGUAUAGAUUUGAUGGCGCGCUAUUCAUACUGUAUGUAUUCUGCUCGCCCAAAAAGACUAUUAGCCGCAGACUUUCUUUUGAAAGACGGCAAUUCGCUUACGUGGAUUCUUGGCAAUAAGUUGAUAACGAUAACAACAAGUGGCUGCAGUAACAAGGCUAUGCGUGGUCCCUUGUGCGACAAUUGCUGGGCUGCUUGUAAAGCUCACCCAGCAGACCAGACGCGUUCCAGUCACUCGAGUCUUCUUCGCGCUUCGAGUAUCGACGGAACCCGUGAAGACAAAUUGUCACGUCAAUCGUCGGGUGGUCAUGCAAGCUCCAGUGCCAACACUGCUUGCAACUCACCCACAGAGGAAAGCAAGCGAUCGCUCGAUGAAGUCGAUUCUAGCAAAAUUAAAGAUGAAGAGCAACAACAGCAACAGCAAAGCGAGUCUCAGAAACUCGAACAGAUGAUGAAUGCCGAUAAGCAAGAGGAACAUCAGCCAUGCGCUUGCUGGUGUCAGGGAUGGGCGGAGAUAUACGUGAGAAGGCCAACCGGAGAGAUGUCGUGGAUUAUGAGGAUACAGAAUUCUAUUCAUAUGGACACACCAUACGAUCUACCGCUGGACAACAUCACAGCGCUAUAUAUGCCUACAACUGAGAUGUUUCCCCAGAAAAGCCAAGAUCAAGCGUUUGAGUUUCCUGAAGAUGAGAUUCUGUUUGCGGCGGAAAAGAUAGUCGAUACGGCUCCAUCAGAAGCAAGCAACAUUUCUAGGUCUGGCAAUUCAUCUACCACUGGACCAAUCGAUAUUCCAGGAUCUCCUGCAAGGCCCAGUCCGUCCAGACCUAGUCCUCGUGAUAGUCUUGAAAGUUUAGAGGAAGGCGAGGAAGAAUCAAGAAAAUCACGUAAUCCAGUACGUAGGUCGAACUCCAGUCCCGAAAUGAGUUCCAACUGGAAGAAUCCAUUUUUAAGUAAAGAGAAGCUGAGCAUACCACAGGAUAGAGACGAUAAUGCUGAUUCGGAUGUUAAGACUGAAGCUGAUCUGAAGAAACACUUAAAAAAUACUUAUUCCAAAGAUAUGAGAGUUAGCUGCGAGGCGAUACCGGAAGAAAUAUCUGGUAUGGGCACUACACCACCAUCAACUGAAAAUUCUGGAGAACAGCAUCCCUCAGGAUUAUUGUCGCAAAAAUCUUAUCCAGGUGCGAACGCCGUUCCGCAAACAACGACUACUUCGAGUAACACAGUACCUCCGUCGCCUACAACGAGUUUACCUCCAACGAAUCUACUCACGUCACAGUCGCAGCUUAACACCAAACCACCGCAAUCGCCUACACAAGUUUACUCCAGAUUAACGAGCUUAGAUUCAAGCCACAAUCGACAGUCUUGGGUUGGUGACUCAAAACCUCCUAUUGGUCGAAAUCUUUUUAUGGACAAAUUUAGAGAAGAUAAGGCAGAUCCAUCGGCAUUACCGCCACUCGGUUUUCGAGAUCGCGGCCACACGAUUUCUGUCAUGAGCCCGGCAAAGAUCAGACGAAAUAAUUCGCCUCGUAUGAAAGAUUCACCGGCACAAAUGAAUUUGCCCAAUAAUAGGAGUAGUGUCAAUCCUAGCUCGGUGUUUUUACAACUUUAUCAUUCGGCACACUUUGGACCAAAUUCAGAAAAGCCGCUAUUAGUUCCUCAAGCCAAUGCACUUUUGCAAACAUCUAUUACAAACCUGGACAGGAUACAACCAUAUGAAACUCACAAGAUCGGAGUGCUUUACGUUGGCUCAGGACAAGCGCAAAAUGAGAUUGAGAUUUUAGCGAAUCAGCAUGGGUCAUUUCGUUACGCACAGUUUUUGCAAAGUCUUGGUACGCUCAUACGACUGAAGGAUGCUGGUGAAAGUAUCUUUCUCGGUGGACUUGAUCGCAAUGGCGAGAACGGAACUUUCGCAUACAUUUGGCAGGACGAUGUGACUCAGGUGGCUUUCCAUGUGGCAACUUUGAUGCCUAGCAAGGCUAGUGAUCCUAAGUGCACUUCAAAGAAACAGCACAUUGGGAAUAAUUAUGUUUCAAUUGUAUAUAAUGAGAGCGGUGAACCGUACAAUAUACAGACUGUCAAGGGGCAAUUUAAUUAUGCUUGCGUUGUAAUUCAACCACUAGAUCACGGAACUAACAUAGUGACAGUACAAGCACGAGAUGAGCUUAAAGAACACAUUGGCCACAGUGAACCUAAAGUAAUUUCCGAUCAAAAUUUAGCUAUUCUGUCCCGUCAAUUGGCUCUUCAUGCAAAUCUGGCUUCAAUGGUUUGUUCUUCUUUAAAACAACAAGAUCGCAAUCCUUAUGCUUCAAAUUGGUUGGAGCGUCUACGUCACAUAAAGCGUUUGAGAAAACGUAUUUUAGAAGAUCUGCUCAGAAAAAAUCCAAGCGACAAUGGAAUUAAAAAUACCCUAGAGGAAGAAGAUAAGUUGAGAAUUGUGGACGAUAUUGUACAAGACUUCACAGAUUUCACAACUUGAACGGAUUGUUUUUGUAAAAUAAGUUAUUUAGUGUUUUUUCAUUUUAUGAUGUAUGCGAAAACGUUGAA